GGGCCGGCAUUCUUAGUCAUGGACCAAUCAUUACUUUAUUUGUUGGGUCCAUUGAGCUUUCUUAUAUCCUUUCUCUUUAGUAUCACUUCAAUGCCAUAAUCCUCACCAAAGUUUUGGACUCUGAAAAUGGGAACCACUUUAGCUGCAAAAACUCUCUCUGCUUUUCUAUGGCUUUUCUUCUAUGCCACACUCGUUUCUUCCAAAUACAUCAGGUACAAUACCGGCGCUACUAUUGUGCCAGGAAAAUUGAACGUUCACCUGGUUCCACACUCCCAUGAUGAUGUUGGUUGGCUCAAAACCGUUGAUCAGUACUAUGUUGGAUCAAACAACAGUAUCCAGGGGGCAUGUGUUGAGAAUGUGCUGGAUUCGGUGGUUGUGUCUCUUCAGAAAGACCCAAAUAGAAAGUUUGUGUUUGUCGAAAUGGCCUUUUUCCAUCGAUGGUGGGUGGAACAAAGUCCAGAAACACAAGAAGAAGUGAGAAAGCUUGUGGAUGCGGGGCAGUUAGAAAUCAUAAACGGUGGUUGGUGCAUGCACGAUGAAGCUGCAACGCAUUACAUAGACAUGAUUGAUCAAACCACUUUGGGCCAUCGAUUUAUCAAGGAUGAGUUUAACAAGACUCCCACCGUUGGAUGGCAGAUUGAUCCAUUUGGACACUCUGCUGUGCAGGCUUACCUCCUUGGAGCUGAGCUUGGGUUUGAUUCUGUACAUUUUGCAAGAAUUGAUUAUCAAGACAGGGCUAAGCGCAAAGCUGAUAAGUCUCUUGAAGUUGUUUGGCGUGCCUCCAAAACAUUUGGUUCUUCUGCUCAGAUUUUUGCCAAUGCUUUCCCUGUUCAUUAUAGUGCUCCAAAUGGUUUCAACUUUGAAGUCAAUAAUGUUGAUGUUAAUGUUGUUCCAGUGCAGGAUGAUCCUCUUCUUUUUGACUACAACGUUGAACAACGUGUCCAAGACUUUAUUGAAGCUGCUAUUACCCAAGCAAAUGUGACGAGGACAAACCAUAUAAUGUGGACAAUGGGUGAUGAUUUCCAGUACCAAUAUGCAGAGACUUGGUUCAAGCAAAUGGAUAAAUUAAUUCACUAUGUUAAUAAGGAUGGUAGAGUAAACGCUUUGUAUUCCACUCCAUCUAUUUACACCAAUGCCAAAAAUGCUGCUAAUCAAACUUGGCCUCUGAAAACUGAUGAUUACUUCCCGUAUGCUGAUAGUGCUAAUGCUUAUUGGACUGGCUAUUUCACCAGUCGCCCAGCCUUAAAGCGAUAUGUUAGAUUGGCAAGUGGAUACUAUUUGGCUACGCGUCAACUUGAAUUUUUUGCUGGAAAGCAAUCAGCUAAAUACAGUACUUUUGGUCUUGGAGAUGCUCUAGGAAUUGCACAACACCAUGAUGCUGUCAGUGGCACUGCCAAACAGCAUACAACCAAUGACUAUGCCAAACGACUGGCUAUUGGAGUCUCUGAGGCUGAAGCAGUUGUUAGUUCUUCCUUGGCUUGUAUUACUAGUAAGAAAUCAAAUGGUCAAUGUUCAGCACCUGCAUCGGCUUUUGCCCAGUGUCAAUUGUUAAAUAUCAGUUACUGCCCUCCUACAGAAGAUAACAUUCCAGACGCCAAGAGUUUGGUAGCUGUGGUGUAUAAUCCACUUGGAUGGAAACGUACUGAUAUUGUCAAAAUACCAGUUAAUGAUGCUAAUCUUGUUGUCCAAGACUCACUGGGCAAUAAUAUCGAAGUACAAUAUGUAGAUGUGGAUGAUGUUACAACAAAUUUAAGAAAUUUCUAUGUAAAGGCUUAUUUGGGGGUGUCACCAAAACAAGCCCCAAAGUACUGGCUUCUGUUUCAGGCGUCAGUACCUCCACUUGGAUGGAGCACGUACUUCAUUUCUAAAGCAACGGGAACAGGGUCCAGAACAAAAAACCUAUCUAACCUCGGCAGUCAGAGAGGUGACACCAUUGUCAUUGGGCCCGGAGAUUUAAAGAUGUCCUUUUCCUCAACCUCUGGACAACUCAAAAGGAUGUAUAAUUCUAGAACUGGAGUUGAUAUACCUAUUCAGCAAAGCUAUCUCUAUUAUGGAUCUAGUGAGGGUGAUAGUGAUCCUCAGGCGUCUGGUGCAUAUAUAUUCCGGCCUAAUGGAUCCCCUCCAACUAUCAUUUCAAGAUCAGUGCCCACCAAGGUAAUCCGCGGACCACUAGUUGAUGAAGUUCAUCAGAAAUUCAGCUCUUGGAUUUAUCAGGUUACUAGGCUUUACAAAGACAAAGACCAUGCUGAAGUCGAAUUCACUAUUGGUCCAAUUCCUACUGAUGAUGGAGUUGGAAAAGAGGUGGUCACACGAAUGACAGCAAAUAUGGCCACAAACAAGGAGUUUUAUACUGAUUCCAACGGCAGAGAUUUUCUCAAACGAGUUCGAGAUCAUAGGGAUGAUUGGCCCCUUCAAGUAACUCAACCAGUUGCAGGAAACUAUUACCCACUUAAUCUUGGAAUUUAUACCAAGGAUAAGAAAUCUGAGUUCUCAGUCUUAGUUGAUCGUGCCACUGGUGGGGCUAGCAUCAAAGAUGGUGAGGUGGAAUUGAUGCUUCACAGGCGUAUUCUUCACGAUGAUGGUCGAGGAGUUGGGGAAGCACUCGAUGAACAAGUUUGCGUGAACAAUAACAAAACAUGUGAAGGACUAACAGUCAGAGGAAAUUAUUAUAUCAGCAUAGACAAACUUGGAGCUGGUGCACGCUGGCGCCGUACAACUGGUCAAGAAAUCUAUUCGCCAUUCUUAUUGGCUUUUACACAUGAGAACUCGGAAAGUUGGAAGUCCUCACAUUGGACCAAAGGAACAAUCAUGGACCCAAAUUACAGCUUGCCCCCGAAUGUUGCUCUGAUAACUCUUGAGGAGUUGGAUGGUGGAGUUGUGCUUCUCCGUUUGGCACAUCUCUAUGAGGCAAGUGAAGAUGCUGAGUAUUCAACUCUAACCAAAGUAGAACUGAAGAAGCUGUUUGCCAAGAAAACGAUAAAGGAGUUGAAAGAGGUAAGUUUAUCAGCUAACCAAGAGAAGUCAGAAAUAAAGAGAAUGACAUGGAAGGUUGAAGGAGACAAUGGAGAAGAACCUCAAGGACUUAAGGGUGGCCCUGUCAGAAAUCCUAAUUUCGUUGUUGAGCUUGGCCCCAUGGAAAUACGAACUUUCCUAUUGAAACUUUAAAAUACCUCAAGUCAUCAUUGAUGAUUUUAUUUGAAGAAAUAAACAUUGAAAUAGUUCUGUCAGUGAAGUAAACAUGUUUGAUGUUUUUAUCUUUUAUCUUCAAUUUCUAAUUGCAAAAGGUUAACCAAAUCCCAUAUUUUAUCUCCUUUUUCGUAAAGUAUCUGUAACAUAUCAAAUAUUUGGAUAGUAAAUUUUGAA